UCAUGGGGCGGUGCCGGACUCUGAGCUGUGGGCUCUGGGGACGCCGUGCACCACCCGGAGGAGAGCCACGGCCAGGCACGCUGAGCAAGCUGCCGGGAGCCGGAGCAGGAGGGCACCGGUGUGACUCGGGUGUGGGUCCUGGCUCCCCUGUUCCGAAUUCUGCAAACUCUGGCUCGGACAGCAGCAUCUGGUCGGGACAAUGGCACCAGGAGUAAGGAGUGCGCUGGGUGCUGAGGGGAUCUGAGCCUGGGCUGGCCGUGUGCGGAAGGCCCAGUCUCCUGAUCGCGGCCGGCAUAUGGGGCCAUGGCCCGGCUCCCGGGGCACCCGGAGGCCCCCGGCGCGGAACCUGGCAGCUCAGGCCGAGGGGGCCGAGGUGGCCGUGGGGCCCGGGCGCGCCACGUCAUUAUCAACGUCGGGGGCUGCAGGGUGCGCCUGGCCUGGGCCGCGCUGGCCCGCUGUCCCCUGGCCCGCCUCGAGCGCCUGCGAGCCUGCCGCGGCCACGACGAGCUGCUGCGCGUGUGUGACGACUACGACGUGAGCCGCGACGAGUUCUUCUUCGAUCGCAGCCCGUGCGCUUUCCGCGCCAUCGUGGCGCUGCUGCGCGCCGGCAAGCUGAGGCUGCUGCGCGGCCCGUGCGCCCUGGCCUUCCGCGACGAGCUGGCCUACUGGGGCAUCGACGAGGCGCGGCUGGAGCGCUGCUGCCUGCGCCGCUUGCGCCGCCGCGAGGAGGAGGCCGCCGAGGCGAGCGCCGCGCCGCCGGCCCGAGGGCCGCAGAGCAGCCCGAGCCGAGCCGUGGGCAGCGGGCGGCUGGAGCGAGGCCGGCGGCGCCUGCGCGACGUGCUGGAGAACCCGCACUCCGGACUGGCCGGCAAGCUCUUCGCCUACGUCUCCGUGGCCUUCGUGGCCGUCACGGCCGUCGGCCUGUGCCUGAGCACCAUGCCUGACGUCCGCGCAGAAGAGGAACGGGGCGAGUGCUCCACAAAGUGCCGCAACCUGUUCGUGCUAGAGACGGUGUGCGUGGCCUGGUUCUCCUUCGAGUUCCUGCUGCGCUCCCUGCAGGCCGAGAGCAAGUGCGCCUUCCUCCGGACGCCGCUUGCCAUCAUCGACAUCCUGGCCAUCCUGCCCUUCUACGUGUCGCUGCUCGCGGGACUGGCGGCAGGGCCCACAGGCAGCAAGAUGCUGGAGCGCGCGGGGCUGGUGCUGCGGCUGCUGCGGGCGCUGCGCGUGCUCUACGUGAUGCGCCUGGCGCGCCACUCGCUGGGGCUGCGCUCGCUUGGCCUCACCGUGCGCCGCUGCGCACGCGAGUUCGGACUGCUGCUGCUCUUCCUCUGCGUGGCCAUGGCGCUCUUCGCGCCUCUCGUGCACUUGGCUGAGCGCGAGCUGGGCGCUCACCGCGACUUUUCCAGCGUUCCCGCCAGCUACUGGUGGGCAGUCAUCUCCAUGACCACCGUGGGCUACGGGGACAUGGUGCCGCGCAGCCUUCCGGGCCAGGUGGUGGCGCUCAGCAGCAUCCUCAGCGGCAUCCUGCUCAUGGCCUUCCCUGUCACCUCCAUCUUCCACACCUUCUCGCGCUCCUACUCAGAGCUCAAGGAGCAGCAACAGCGCGCAGCCAGCCCUGAACCAGCUCUGCGUGAGGACAGCACGCGCGACGAUAGCACGCGCUCGGCCAGCGCCACCGAGGACAGCUCUCAGGACCCCGAAACCGCAGGCGCGGCAGGGAGCUCGCCAGGCCGGGUGGGACCCUGAGCUCUAAGAGCUUCAGGGUGUCAAAGCCUCGGGGGACAGCACGCGCUGGCUGAUGCCGCAGUCUCAAAUGUGGUCUGGCACGUCGUCCUUGCAGCUGGCUCGCCUCCCCAAGCAACCCCUGAGCUUCGCGUAACCUGGAGGAUAUAGCAACCUGGUCUUUUUGCUUUUAUUUUCCCUCCAGUUUUAAAUUUUCUAUGGUUAAUUAAAGAUAACUGAGUCCCAGAAAUUCCAAGUCUGAAGCAAGUAUCAGUCACCUUAGACUAAAUUUUGGCCUUCCUUGCUCCAAAUCUUGGGCAGCCCCAGGGAACAGACGAUGGCAUCUACCUUGCGACACUUAGUGGGCAAUACCCCAUAUAAAAGACGGCAUCAGCUGGCAUCUGUCAUGCCAGCGCCACCACCUGCCGAGUGCCGGGGUAGUUGACAGGACACCUAGCACCCUAGUUCCGCCUGUGGCAGGGGGAGUUGACCUUUGUUCCCCACACCAUCUCAACCAGAUCUCUUGCAUAGUGGCUUUUUAACCCCUUUCCUGCCCUCCCUGGUCUGCAGGAAGGUUGUCUGUCUCCAGGGGGAUGUUGGUGUCUCUUCUGCUGGGACAUUUUCCUCAGACAUGGCUCAAGUGCAACCCAAAAACCUGAACAGGCUAGUGGGGUGAGGAGGCAGUUUCAGGGAGAAGACAGUGAGGCGGUACCCUCACCAGGAGGAAGCACGGUCUUUCUCUACUUUGUGGAGCCAAAGGAAAUGAAACUUCCCAAGUUGUGUUGCUUUACCCUGUUUCAGGAAGCCUCAGGCAGUGGCAUAUGCCUGCAACUGUGGCACGUGGGAAACGGAUACAGGGAGAUCAGAGCGAGUCCCACGACCACACCCAAGAUAGUCAUAGACCCCACCGUCAGAAGUAGGCCACCAUCAUUGCCUAUUACAAUAGUGCUUUCAGCAAGGCCCCUGUGUAAGCUCAGCGCAGGCCCAUUUGAGGCCCUAGCACCACAAACUUUGCAAGAACCUACUGCAACCAAAUAAAAACUUGCUGGCCCCUCCUCAUGGUAGUGGGCUGAGUUCCUCUCA